AUGUGCUCCAAGGCGGCAGAACUCGGGCCGACGGCCUCUUCCGACCCGGCGCUCAUCCUGGAGCUGAAGACCCGGCGUCCGCCGUCGUUAGAAGGUCGGCCCGGCUGCGAGACGUGGAGCGUGGAUUUCUCCCCCGACGGAGCUUGGUUCGCCUGGUCCAUGGGGCACGGCAUCGUGUGGGUGGUCGCCUGGCCCCUCGACUCGCAAGAAGAUCGGGACGGCGAGGCGGACCGAGGAGAUAAAAGCUUCAGUUGCGGCCAUCCCGUGUGGGGGCUGGCCUUCGGCCCGCGACUUCCCGACGAGUCGGACCCACGUCACGGCGGCGAACGGACGCUUCUUUUGGCGACCGGCUUGGAAAACGGCCUCAUCAAAAUCUGGAACGUUCUGACGGGCGUGGCCGUAUUGGACCUUCACGGCCACGAGGGCGUGGUGCGGAACCUGCUCUUCCCUCCCAACGGGACGCCGACGUUGGUGUCCUCGUCUCGCGACAAGACCCUGCGGGUGUGGGACUUGGCGCGCAAAGGCAAGAAUGUUCACGUGCUGUCCGGCCACAAAGACUGGAUCAGCUGCUGCUGCGUGUCGUCGGACUGCAGCAUGAUGGCCACCGUGGGGCGCUUUGACAGGAUGGUGUGCCUGUGGAGCCUCCGCUCGUACACGCUCAUCCGCAACCUGACGGGCGGCGCCCACAAGACGCUCUACCUGCUGUCGGCGUGCGACUUCUCACCCGACGGCGCGCUGCUCGCCACCGCCGCUUUCAGCGGGGCCAGCUGGUGGAUCGACCUGUGGGACCCGUACACGGCGGAGAAGCUGGCCACGCUCGUAGACUACUUCGAGGACUACGGCCAAAACCAGAUCUCGUCCAUCCAGUUCUCUCCCAGCGGCUUGAACUUGGCCAUCGUGACGGACGACAGAGCUCUGGGCAUCUGGGAACCCGGAAAGCCGGGCCUGAGCAUGCGGACCGAAGCCGACCGGGACUCCAACGGCCUGUGCUGCAAAUACCAUCCGCGAGGGGGAGUCAUCGCCACUGGAACCCGCGACGGCCACGUGAGGUUUUGGCGCGCGCCGCGCUCCGUCCCGCCUCUGCGCCACCUGUGCCGCGCCGCCCUGCGCUACUCGGUGUCCACGCACCAGCUGGAACCGCUGCCCCUGCCCAAGCGCAUCCUCCAGUACCUCACGUAUCGCGACAUCGCCGCCUCCCACUUGCGUUAA